AUGAAUACUCUGGGAGUUAUGUGUGUCAUCGUUUGUGAGUUGACACCUGAAGAGAUCGAUGAAUUUCGAGAAGCAUUCAUGAUGUUUGAUAAGGAUGGUAAUGGAACAAUCUCAACCAAAGAAUUGGGUAUAGCUAUGCGGUCGCUGGGACAGAAUCCAACUGAACAGGUUAGAUGUUGCUUCGAACUAUUUUUCAGUGCUCUAUUUUGUAAUCUUUGUUGUUUGUAA